UUCCAAUUGUAAUGCAAAUCAUGCGCAAUAGAAAGUAAUACUUGCGCUAAUACCAUUUCAAAUGGAUUUAAUCGAGCUUGUGAUAUGCCAAUUUAAUGGAGAAAUGAAGUGAAAGUCGCUGUAGACUAGUGCCACAAAAACGUUUAAUCGAUACAUUUGUAUAUGGCUAACUAUUAACAUUGGUGUAACCUAGUGUCAGAAAAAGUUUGAGUUUGAGUACAAUAUUUUAAACUGUUGAACCUUAUUAUACUGAUAAAUAGUAUUAUUUGAUUAGGACAUAAUAUUUUGUUAUAAGUAAAGAUGGGAAGUGGGACAUCUAAACCAAAGAGACAGCCAGAGCUGCUUCAGUGCUCAAUAUGUUUUAACAUGUUUAAAGUUCCCCGUAUGUUACCCUGCCAACAUACGUUCUGUGAAGGUUGCCUCCAUACAUACAUCACACGGACAAUGUCUUUUGAAGCGGAUAAAACAGAUUUUCCUUGCCCAAUGUGCAGAGAAACAACAACUAUUCCGAAACCAGACAGACCACGUGACAAAUGGGCAAAACUUUUUCCAAAGAAUAGAUUAAUUUUGUCUUUGUUUGAAGGACAGCUUGAACGUUCGGAAGGUUGCAGAUUGCAUCCAGGAAAAAUUGUUGAAUUUUACUGCGAGAGUCACAUAGAAAUUGGCUGUAGUACAUGCUUGAUAACUAGACACAAAGGAUGUGAGGUUGUUCAACUUGAGACUUUUAUAAAGAGUGGAAAAUUCAAAAGAAGUUGUCAGAAAAACAAUGAUAUGCUGCAACAAUACAAGAAACUGUUUGAAGAUAUGGUAGUAGAAGCUGGACAGAACCUAGAUUCUUUGGAGAAGGAUAGGGCCUGUAUAAUCGAUGAGGUCAAAGAGAUGAGAACCAACCUUGAAACUAUGCUGAAAGAUUUGGAAGAAAAGAUACUUUUUGAUAUAGGUAAAUGUAACGAAUUGUAA